GCAGGCAACUUUACAUUCAACUCGACCACUCCUUUUAACACCCGCUACAUCUUUUAAUGAAUGUGGCGAUACGAAGUAAUCAAUAAUCCACACCACAUCUCCUCUAUCAAUCGUCAAUCGCCAUCCUCUCCUCAUCGUCGCGAUCUCACCACCUAUACACACCAUGACCGUCUACUCCCUCAUCAUAAUCAACAAGGCCGGUGGUCUAGUCUAUCAGCGCGAAUUCCACUCCGGCCUGCACAAGUUAUCCACAAACGACUAUCUCGUUCUCGCGGGGACGUUUCACGGCGUCCACGCAAUCACCCGCUCCAUAACCCCCCGUUUUCCCCUCGCCUCCACAGCAACAAAUCAAACAACAGCAUCACACUCAGCAACAGCCUCCCUCUCCCUAACCUCCCCCUCCGGCACAACAACCCCGACAACAUCAACACCAACAGCACCCAACAACCCCAACAACCCAGCGCCGUCCUCCUCCUCCACCUACUCCUACCCGAACCCCUCCGUGCCCGCGUCCGGGCUGGAGUUCCUCGAGACGGACAAGUUCCGGCUCACGUGUUUCCAGACGCAGACAGGGACCAAGUUCUUGUUGUUUACGGAUCCGUUUAUGGCGAAUAUAGAUGUGGUUAUGAAGAAGAUUUAUGAGUUGUAUGCGGAUUUUGUGAUGAAGAAUCCGUUUUAUCAGUUGGAGAUGCCGGUGAGGUGUGAGUCGUUUGAUCGGCAUUUGGGGAGUUGGUUGAGGGGGAGGAUUUGAUCGUUCUGUUCAUAUUAGGGUUCCGGUUUCUGGCAUUACGGACUGGCAUUACGGAGUAAUAGAAUCCCAUCGGAAAAGCGCUGGGCGCCUUUAGAUAUUACAUGUGUACCAAGGAGUUAGAGAGAAAAACGUAUAAAAACGCCGGGUAUGCAUCAAAUCAUCCUCAAAGAUACACAAAAAAGAAAGAUUAUCUUCGGUCCCUUUACGCAGUAUCCAUCUUGUCUCCAUCGUCCUUCUUGUCUCCGCUUGACCCCUCCUCGGGAAUGUUGUCCAAGUUGGCCUUGCCUUCUUGUUGCUCGCGCUCCUGUUUCUCCUUCUCCUGCCUGUUCUUCUCCUCCUCGAGCGAUAACCGUAGGGCAAACGCCAACUCGGGGUCGUUCUCGGCGGCAUCCUCAAAUCCAAAGCC